GUCUUGGUAUAUUCCAUUGAGAGAUUUAUCUAUAUAGCUUUGGUCCUGGCUAAACUCAGUUUUCGUGCUGUCGUCUGUUAUCUGCUUCCCGCCAUCCAAUACCUUUUGAACCAUGUCUGCCUUUGUUGGAAAGUAUGCAGAUGAGCUUAUAAAGAAUGCCAAGUACAUAGCCACCCCUGGCAAGGGAAUCUUGGCAGCAGAUGAGAGCACAGGCACCAUUGGCAAGCGUCUAGCCAGCAUCAAUGUGGAGAACAUUGAGGCCAAUCGCCAAGCACUGCGUGAGCUUCUCUUCACUUCCCCUGGUGCCCUGCAGUACCUCUCUGGUGUCAUCCUCUUUGAGGAAACUCUCUACCAGAACAGCUCUGAGGGAAAGCCUUUUGUUGAGUUUCUCCAGGAGAACAAUGUCAUCCCAGGCAUCAAAGUGGACAAGGGUGUUGUUGAAUUGGCUGGAACAAAUGGCGAGACCACCACACAAGGCUUUGACUCUCUUGGAGCAAGGUGCCAGCAGUAUUACAAGGCUGGUGCAAGGUUUGCCAAGUGGCGCGCGGUGCUCAAGAUUGGGCCCACUGAGCCCUCUGAGCUGUCCAUCCAGCAGAAUGCUCAGGGCUUGGCCCGCUAUGCCAUCAUUUGCCAGGAGAAUGGGCUUGUGCCCAUUGUUGAGCCUGAGAUUUUAACUGAUGGGGAUCAUGACAUUGCCAAAUGUGCUGCUGUUACUGAAACUGUGCUUGCAGCUGUUUACAAGGCCCUGAAUGAGCAGCAUGUUCUUCUUGAAGGAACCCUUCUCAAGCCCAACAUGGUUACCCCUGGCUCUGAUAGCCCAAAGGUAACUCCUGAGGUGAUUGCUGAACACACAGUCACUGCACUCCGCAGAACUGUCCCAGCUGCAGUGCCAGGGAUUGUGUUUCUGUCUGGUGGACAGAGUGAAGAACAAGCCACUCUCAAUCUCAAUGCAAUGAACAAGCUGGAGGUGUUGAAGCCAUGGGCCCUCUCAUUCUCAUUUGGGCGAGCACUGCAGCAAAGCACACUCAAGACAUGGGCUGGGAAGAAAGAGAGUGUGACCAAAGCUCAAGAGGUAUUUCUGGCAAGGUGCAAGGCCAAUUCUGAGGCUACUCUUGGGAAGUAUGGUGGUGGAAGUGGGAGUGGUUUGGCUUCUGAGAAUUUGUAUGUCAAGGACUACAAGUAUUAGGCUUCUAAAUGAAGCUGGGGUGGGUGCAUUUUAGUCCUAUGUAUGGUGCAGCAUAAGCUUUUUCUUCUGAUUAACAUGCUUUAUUUUGGGUACAUAUUCUUAUAAAAUACCACUUUAUAACCUUA